UUAGUCAAUCAUCCCCUUACUGAUAAAAAUGCUGAUGUGUCAAAUACUUAUUUUCCCCACUGUAUAUGUACAUUUAACACUUAUGAUUUUGCUGGGUAAUCUAUUUUGGUGCAAGUGUAAUGUUUCUGAUGCUUGAAGAAAAAACUGUUUCCUAUGCAUUGAUUUAUUUGUUGCACUCUGAAACAAUAUGUUGGGAGACACUUUAAAUAAUCAUCAAACUGUGGAUAAUGAGACUGUGGAAAUGUUUUUCUCUUUCAGAUGUGCUGUACUGUAUGGUGUGGCAGCAGGUCAAUCCGUAUCUGUGUCCUGUGGUGACAUGAAUGGACGAUAUGUGAACGUCAUUAUACCUGGAAAUUCAAAAAUGGUCACUUUAUGUGAUGUACAGGUGUAUAGAACCAAAGUCAAAAUAGGUUUCAUGAGGAUUAAGUUUACCUCCAGUCUCGAUAUGUCAGAUCCAGCAGAGAGCAACAACAUUCUUAUUGAGAUGAAGACUGCUCUGAUUUCUAAAGGAUUCUCUGUUUUCACAUUGACCUGGACAAAACUCUCUCAGAAGGUCAAACCGGAGACUAAGCUGGGUCCAUGUACUAAGGGUAGUUUCUGAAUGAACUGACUAUCUUUGGAGAAGGAAAGUAACGUAAUGUUAUUUUCUUGUCAUCGUUUUCGAUGAUUUGUACUUAACAAAUGUUUAUAGUUAUGAGUAAAUAUAAAUGAUAAUAAAAUAAAUAUGUCUUCUGCACAGCAUGGUUUUCUUUCUUUCUUUCUCCUGAAUAUUGAGUAAUCCAGGCAAAGAUCUCUGUACAUCAAGAUAAA